GCGGGACCGUACGCGUGACGUCAUUUCCCCCGACCUUCCGCCUCCCUCACCGGCCUUCCGGCACUCGGGUAGCCAGUGGAAGUUUGGGUAGCGGUAUUAACAGAGGAAUGCCGAAGGUGGUCUCGCGCUCAGUGGUGUGCUCGGAUACCCGAGACCGAGAAGAGUAUGAUGACGGCGAGAAACCUCUUCAUGUCUACUAUUGUCUGUGCGGGCAGAUGGUGCUGGUCCUAGAUUGCCAGUUAGAGAAAUUACCCAUGAGACCUCGGGACCGAGCCCGGGUAAUUGAUGCAGCCAAACAUGCUCACAAGUUCUGUAACACAGAAGAAGAGGAGAGUGUCCAUCUCCGGAGAUCUGAAGGAAUAGAACGGCAGUUCCGGAAGAAGUGUGCAAAGUGUGGCUUGCUGCUCUUUUACCAGCACCAGCAGAAAAAUGCUCCAGUGACCUUUAUCGUGGAUGGAGCAGUUGUCAAGUUUGGACAGGGCUUUGGGAAAACCAACAUAUACAGUCAAAAACAAGAACCUCCUAAGAAGGUAAUGAUGACUAAGCGUACCAAGGACAUGGGCAAAUUCAGUUCUGUCACUGUCUCCACCAUUGAUGAAGAAGAGGAGGAGAUUGAGGCUAGAGAAAUUGCUGAUUCAUAUGCACAGAACGCCAAAGUGAUUGAAAAACAGCUGGAGCGGAAAGGCAUGAGCAAGAGACGGCUUCAGGAGCUGGCUGAGCUAGAAGCAAAGAAAGCCAAGAUGAAAGGGACCUUGAUUGACAACCAAUUCAAAUGAUGGCACACCUCGCUUGGGGACAGUCACAAACAUCCGGGAUGUGGUCCCCGCCAUGACCCUCAAAAAAAAAAUGGAUCCUGGUCUCUAAAAUCCAGAGUUCUCUCUGCCUUCCUCUCUGUGCUCUCGUAGGUAGUCUAACAAUACUAAUCCUAUCCUAGAGAAGAAUUUCUAACAUCUUGCUCUGCUUGUUUUUCUAGACCUUAUUUUUUUUGUUCAGUGGGUGUUUUACUUACAUUUCUCGUCUGGUGUUGUGGGAAUAGAGAACAAUGUUUGAAUUUUUUUUUUCUUUGAACAUAAUCAUUUUUCUUUUCUUCCUUUGAACUUAAUUCAAAAUAAAAGUCUUUGGAAAAACUCUUUGAUGUGUCAUGAGGUAAAGCCAGCUAAAUCACAGUUAAAGUUGUAACCAGUUGUAACAAGUCUGUGGCCCCGAUGCUUUCACUGUUUGUACAUGGGAGACUUUGGUCCCUUUCUGAACGGGAACAAAGAAAAACUAGACUCUAGAACUCACCAGCUCUUUCACCAGAGGUGUUAAAAUCACAGGUGAUCCAUUCAACCACAUGGUCUAGGAAACAGAAGCUGUCCAAGUGACGGAUCUAA